AUGUCUCCCCAGCACAUCCCCCCCAGCGGCAUCUGGGCCCCGGCCGUCACCAUGUUCGACCCGGAGACGGACUCGCUCGACCUCGAGGCCCAGGCGCAGUACUACAGCUACCUGUCCAAGACGGGCCUCGCGGGGCUCGUCAUCCUCGGCACCAACGCCGAGGCCUUCCUGCUGACGCGCGAGGAGCGCAAGGCCCUGAUCGCGACCGCCCGCAAGGCCGUGGGGCCCGACUUCCCCAUCAUGGCGGGCGUCGGGCAGCACUCGACCAAGCAGGUGCUCGAGAACAUUGCCGACGCCGCCGAGGCCGGGGCCGACUCGGUCCUCGUGCUGCCGCCGGGCUACUUUGGCAAGGCCACCACGCCCGAGGUCGUGGCCAACUUCUUCGCCCAGGUCUCGGCCAAGUCGGCCCUGCCCAUCGUCCUGUACAACUUCCCCGGCGUGUGCAACGGCGUCGACCUCGGCGCGGGCGUCAUCACCGCCCUCGCCCAGAAGCACGCCAAUAUCGUCGGCGUGAAAUUGACCUGCGGCUCCGUCGCAAAGAUCACCUGCCUCUCUUCGUCCCUCUCGCCCGACAGCUUCGCCACCUUCGGCGGCCAGUCCGACUUCCUGAUCGGCGGCCUCGCCUCGGGCUCGGCGGGCUGCAUCGCCGCUUUCGCAAACAUCUUCCCCAAGGCGCUCGUGCAGAUCUACCAGCUGUACCGGCAGGGCAAGCACGCCGAGGCGCUGGCGCUGCACCAGAAGGCCGCCCUCGCGGAGCAGGUCGUCAAGGGCGACAUCGCGGCCACAAAGUAUGCCGCGGCGCUGCACAGCGCAGCGUACGCGGGGAUCCAGGGCGCCGAGGUCAAGUUCCGGCCCCGCGCGCCGUACGUCGAGCCCAAGGAGGCCCAGAAGGAGGCGAUCAAGAAGGGUCUGGCAGAGAUGGCCAAGAUCGAGGAGAGCCUGCCCAUGGCUAGUUGA